GAGGCAGUGGGAGUAGGCACAUAUUGUAAAUUGCUUUCUUGUGCUGUUUGCAGUAUUGUGGUGGGAUGUCAUUGCACAGAGGGGCCCCUCCUGCACGUGGAAAGUCCGCUCUCUCCUGUCUGCUCUAACCCUCUGCCUCCUGGGCUCCACACAACAUCUAUAAGGAUUUAAAGGGACAGUUGCCUGUGGGAUAACAUUGCGCUGCACGGAUUCCUUCGGGGAUGGAUUGGCACUGGUUGGGCACAUUGCUGCUUCUGACUAUUGGCAUUGGACUCACUCUGGGCAACAAGAAACCUUCCACAAGGAGACAAGAUCGACUGGGGCCUCCUCUGGAUAUUCAUUUGGAAGUUCUGAACUGCACGGCUUUCAGCGUACAAUGGAGAAUGCCAAGACAGCACGCAAGCACCAUCUCUGGCUAUACAGUUUUCUAUACAGAAGUAAUUAAUGGCAAACAUGUGAAGCAGCUCACACAAGAUGUUCCCGUUAAGCUGGAUAUGCUAACACUGGGGCAACUGGACGCACUGGUGACUUUUGAAGUAAUCCUAGUGGAUUUAAAACCGGGCACCCUACAUCGGGUUAGCGUAGGCGCCUACAGCUGGGCAGGAAAAGGAAGGCCGAGUAUGCCCAGGGAUAUCUCCACGUUACCUCAAGAGAGCUGCAUGGCCCCCGGUUCCCCGUCGCAGCCGCAGGUUGUGGUUGUUUCUGAUACAGAGGUCGCUGUUUCAUGGCAGCAAAACACCAGUGAAGGAAGCCCCCCAGUCCAGUAUUACUCGAUGGAAUAUAUCAGGCCGGAGCUUGAUGGGAUCUGGAUCCCCAUACGAGACCAGAUACAAAUCAAUUCCAUGGUCCUAAAGGGUCUGACUCCGAACACCAAGUACCAAUUUGCAGUGAAAGCCGUGAAUUCAUUUGGGGAGAGUCUGCUUAGCCAUGAAAGUGAAAUCAUCAGGACAUUCAGUACAGAAGAACUGGGGUCUGGAAGCUACGGUGAAGGUUAUGUGACAGACCCUAAAAGUGAUGACGAUGGUUAUACGACUGAUGAUUCAGAUGAUGAUAUCUACAUAGAUGAGCUCAAACCACUUCCUUCUGGGAAAGCGGGAAGCACAAAGGUUCUGGUUGAUACUAAGGUGACCCCAGGAACUUACACAAAGAUCAUUCCAUUGGCAUCAAAAUCUACUGUGUCCACAGUCACCUCUACCAUUUCGACUAAGGCUCCAGUGACCACUUCUGCAACCACAACCUCAACUAUGGCCUCCACUACUACUGCAGCUAAAGCCACCAAAGCGAAAAUGGCCAAAGACCGUGGCACAGGCUUCCCCCCGAGGCUCUUUGAUCUGACUUGUGAGGAAACAUUCUGCCCGGCAGAUAGCUUCUGCCUUAAUGACUAUGACCGUGGAGGCUCCCAGUGCCACUGUAACCUAGGGAAAGCUGGAGGGACCUGUGAGAAUGAUAUAAAUGUGCAGUUUCCCCAGUUUUAUGGGCACUCGUACAUGACCUUUGAGCCCUUGAAGAACUCCUAUCAGACAUUUCAAAUAACUUUGGAAUUCAGGGCUCAGAGUGAUGAUGGCCUACUGCUGUACUGUGGGGAAAAUGAGUACGGCCGUGGAGAUUUCAUGUCGGUGGCAAUCAUUCGCCGAAGCAUCCAGUUCCGGUUUAACUGUGGCACAGGCACCGCAAUAAUCACGAGUGAUCGUAAAAUCAAGCUGGGCAGCUGGCACGUCGUGCGUGUGUAUCGGGAGGGAACAAACGGAUGGUUACAGCUGGAUAACAGCUCCCCUAUAUCCGCAAAAUCACAGGGGCAGUACAGUAAAAUCACAUUCCGUACGCCUUUCUACAUUGGUGGGGCGCCCAGCGUCUACUGGUUGGUCAAAUCAGCAGGGACUAACCGUGGCUUUAAAGGGUGUGUGCAGUCUCUGUCUUUAAAUGGAAGGAGUGUUGACAUGAGACAGUGGCCCCUGGGAAAGGCUCUGAGUGGAGCUGAUGUGGGUGACUGCAGCAUUGGCAUCUGUGAUGAGGCUCCCUGCCUUAAUGGGGGCACAUGUAGAGCUAAAACAGCUGAUUCCUACCUGUGUCUCUGCCCUGCUGGAUUCCGGGGGCGCCACUGUGAGGAAGCCUUCACCCUGGCGAUUCCUCAGUUCAAUGAAUCAGCCCGUUCCUUUGCAUCGGCAAGGUGGCCCUUAGAACCUCAUCACUAUCUUUCUUUCAUGGAGUUUGACAUGACGUUUCGUCCAGACAUGGAGGAUGGUACCAUACUCUACAGCUACGACACAGACAGCAAAGACUUUAUAUCUCUAACCAUGGUCAAUGGCUAUGUGGUGUUCCGCUUCGACUGUGGCUCAGGGACCGCAGUGAUCAGGACUGAGAAACCAGUUACAGUCGGCCAAUGGCACGAGCUGCGGUUCUCACGCACGGCCAGAAAUGGGAUCUUACAAGUGGACAACCAAAAGCAAGUGUAUGGAAUCUCAGAGGGAGGGUUCACUCAGAUUAAGUGCAACACUGAUCUCUUCAUCGGUGGGGUUCCUGAUUAUGAUACCGUGAAAAAGAACUCGGGAGUGCUUAAGCCUUUCACUGGGAGCAUCCAGAAGCUCGUACUUAAUGACCGGAUCAUUAGCCUGAUACAGGGCUUGAGUUCUGGAGUCAAUCUGGAAAAUGCAAACCAUCCGUGCGCUAACAUACCCUGUGCAAAUGGAGGGAGCUGUAGGCCCCAGCAUGAUAGUUAUGAAUGCGAUUGCCCUUUAGGCUUUGAUGGAAAGAACUGUCAAAAAGUCAUUACAGAAGCAAUUGAAAUCCCACAGUUUAUUGGUCGCAGUUAUCUCAUAUACGACAACCGAGAUAUUCUCAAAAGAGUUUCAGGCUCCCGAUCCAACCUAUUUAUGAGAUUUAAGACGACAGUGAAAGAUGGUUUGUUGAUGUGGAGGGGGGACAGCCCGAUUAAGGCCAACACUGAUUUCAUUUCCCUGGGGAUCCAGCAGGGAAACAUUGUUUUCAGCUAUAACCUUGGCAGUGGCAUGGCCUCUAUUGUGGUCAAUGGCUCUUUCAAUGAUGGACGAUGGCACAGAGUAAAGGCUGUACGGGAUGGUCAGACUGGAAAGGUUACAGUGGAUGACUAUGGUGCUAUAACUGGGAAAUCACCAGGUCUUAUGCGUCAACUGAACAUUAAUGGAGCCCUCUAUGUUGGUGGCAUGAAGGAAAUAGCUCUGCAUACAAACCGUCAGUAUUUGAGGGGCCUGAUAGGCUGCAUCUCCCACUUCACACUCUCUACAGACUUCCAUAUUUCACUGGUUGCAGAUGCAAAUGAUGGGAAAAAUAUAAACACCUGUGGAACAAAAUGAAAACAAUCCAAAUUGGGUAAAUUUCCCUUUUCCUUCCACUCCUGGAACAGUGGAAGACUUUGCACUCUGAGGAUGCUUGGCAGCCUGAAGGUCAUUCCUGAAGAACCCAAGACAGGAACCAAAAACCAAGAUUUUACCCUUUAUUCACUUUUAUAAACCAAGUGUAAUAUUUUCUAGGAUUUUUAAAGUGAAGAUCUUUUAGAAUUACAGGACUAAAGUGAGAGAAACGUGUGCCUUUCUCCUACCGCAAAUGUUCCAUUGAGUUGUUCCUCCCAUCUAGGUGUCUUCUGCCUUCAAUGAGUCCCACGUGAUUCUUGUGGAAUUGGGCAAAGCUUGUUUACCAAGUGCAUACGGACAGAAGGGAAAGUGACUAGAGAUAGGUGGUUCAUGCCUUUGGCACAACGCACCUGUAGCUAUGAAGAAUCCAAAACCUGUGACUUAUUAUUAGAGACAUAAUGGUCUAGUAGGUAACUUUUUCCAGUCCAUCUAGAAACGAUGCCAGUUUACUAUUUUACUGGAUGGAUGUUUUUACGUGACAUCAUUUCAAAAGGGGAGACUCGAUUUCUUUUCUAUUGCAUUAAUGCAUCCAAACAGAACCAAAGAAAACCAAUGGAAAAUUCCAGAAUGUCUACCAGCAGCCAAGAACCGAUGUUUGGGGACCCAGCAUGUCCAACAGGAAUCACAAAAACACUGAGCGGUAUUCACUGUGGUUUAUUUGUAGCAGGGGUCGGUUGUUGUUGCAGGUAAUGAAGUUAUUUUAGAGAACAUUCAUUCUGAUAAGUUUUUUUCCCCCUUUUGCUAAUUUAUUUUAUUUAUACUUGGCCUCAAGGGCUGAGAAUGUUCAGGUCAGUGUUAAUCAUGCACAUUAAAGUUUCUCACUUUUUGCUUUUUAAAGUAAAUACUUAUUUCUUUGCUUUAUUCUAAA